UUAUACGGUUCUCGCACUCAUUUAAAUACCAGACGCACCGCUGAAUCAUUAUUCUCUGCGUCUACCAUAGGAUCAAACUUACAUCCCUACCAACCCUCUCAGCGACCCCUUUCAGCAACCCAACACCCAGCUCUAGCCACUCAACACCAAAGCCUAUCGCCGUUAGCCUGAUACCCGACCCACGAACUGCUGGCGCACUGAGACAGCCUCCAAUUCAAUCACCCAUCCAUUUACAUUCCACAAGACACAUUGGCACUCAAGCAGCGAUGGUGACCCUCCAAGCCAUCCAAGCGCACAAUGCGACCCUCAAAUCCGGGAUCCCCAAUCUCGUCGCAGUAUUCGUAGGCGGCACAUCCGGCAUCUCCCUCUCGACCGCGCUCAACCUGGCGCGACACACGCCCUCCCCGAAGAUCUACCUGAUCGGCCGCAGCCAACCGGCCGCCGACCGCGCCAUCGCCGACCUGAAAGCCACCAACCCCGCCGCGCAGCCCACCUUCCUCCAAGCCGACAUCUCCCUGUUAACAAAUGUCGACCGCGUCUGCGCCGAGAUCGGCGCCCGCGAAUCCCACCUCAACCUCCUCUUCAUGACCGCGGGGUACCUGACCCUCAAGGGCCGGGACGAGACCGCCGAGGGGCUCGACCGGAAAUUCGUGCUGCAUUACUACGCGCGCAUGCGCUUUGUGACCAAGCUCAUGCCGUUGCUGACGGCUGCCGCGGAGCAGAAACCUUCGGGGGGGCUCUCGCGGGUGGUCUCGGUGCUGGAUCCGCAGGUGGCGGUCCGGGCGGGCGGGGCCGGGGUGCUCGACUUUCAGGAUUUGAGUCUCAAGCAGACGUUUAGCCUGAAGAAGUGCGGGCAUCAUGCGGGACUCAUGGGGAAUUUCUUCCUCGAGGAGCUGUCGCGCAGGUGCCCCGCUACCUCGUUUGUGCAUGCGUAUCCGUCUGGAGUCGCGACGGGGGCGAUGCGGGAGCUGCCCGCGGGGAAGAUCUUGACCACAGUGCUCGCGAAGGUGUUGUCGCCUUUCUUGGUGCCGAUUGGGGAGAGUGGGGAGCGGCACUUGUUUGCGGCGACGAGUCCGAGGUAUCCUUCCCGGCGUGUGGGGGAGGCUGAGGGAGCGGUGGAUGGAGAUGUUGCUGUUGGCAGUGAUGGGGUCAAGGGGGGUGGGUCUUACUGGCUGAAUUGGGAUGGGGAGGCGUAUCCUAAGAAUAAUAAGAUCGAGAGGACGAGAGGCGAGGGCGCUGUGGAAAAGGUGUGGGAGCAUACUGAGGAGGUGUUCAAGAGGGUGUGCGAGGAAGGAAAAACAUAUCCGUGA